CUGACCUUUGAGUAAACGCAAUUACAUAGACGAGAGUCAGAUGUCGGGUAGCAGCGAGCCCACUGGAAGCGAGGAAGACGAGCUAAGCGACGGGUCUGGGGUGGCGCCGCUCCUCGGGAGCAGCUGUAAUGGCCGGGGGAACGGAGAGCUCCUCCCGACGGGAGAGAAAAAGGAAGGCCCGCUGGCGAGGGCGUUUCAUUCGUUCGUCGCCUGGACGUUUCUCCUUGCCGUUGUAUCGGCAUUUGUCCUACUCAUGCUCAUGAAGGUUAUUGCUCCGUACUUUCUCGCCUCCAAACACGACGAGUCUUGGGGGAGUCUCCUCGCCGACAACCGGUGCAAGUGCGUCUGUCCCCACAACUUGAACGUGACUCUGGCCUACAACACCACCGUGUGGAUGGUGGAGGUCAACGACCCUUCUGAAUGUUUCUGUGAGAAUAUUCUGCCUGUUGCCGAUGACGUGCUGUGUCUGAGGUGUACCUGUGCUUACGAAUCGAGAAACAGCAUUUUGAUUGCCGUCAUUGUCAUCAUCUUCCUAAUACUCAGUUGUGGACUGUUUCUAUACACGCUCUUCAUAUGUCUCCAGCCACUCAUCUUCUUCAGAAACACUCGUCCUAAUAGGGACCAGUAUGCCUUGCUCGGCAGAGAGCACCAGACUACUACAGGUCUGUACAACCUUCGACUAAGACUCCAGCAGAUGAGAUGGAGACAGACCGUAGCUGAAGAAAGACUUGCCGAGUCCAUUCGCUGACACACUUUCAUUUUCAAUUUACCUCUCACUUCUUUUAACCUCUUAUUGCUGUUAUGUGAUUGUAUUAUACAUUUUAAAUUAAUCAACUGGUUAAAAAACUGAUAUUGUGAAAUUCAUCCAUUGCUCUAAUCUUUUGUCUGGGAGUUGAUUGUUUGUCGGAGGAUCUCCAGUUGCCUGGCAACUGCCU